GAUGCUGUAUUUAAGUAAAUCGAAGACUGAAUUAAUAAUGAAGCUCCAGCUAAAGUUACAGAAAUGUUUAUUAUUGUAGAAAUGACUGUUACCCGCGGAAAGACAUUAAACUAUGUGGAUAUGAACCGGAAAAGAAAUGCAUGUACCAUGAAUUUCGUUUUGUUACUUUUCUCUUUGAUGUGGAAUGAAAAGGAAGGCGCUGCCGCAAAUGAAGAAUGCAACUUCGUGGUAAACAACACUUUGAAAAGUCCUGGAUUUCCAAAAAAUUACCCAAGUAAUGUGGACUGUACCGUUACUUUACCUAUACCAAACGAAAUGACGAUGAAAAUUACAUUCGUCUAUUUUGACGUUGAGUUCAGUCAGCCAACUUGCAGGUAUGAUUACUUGAAGAUCAAUAGUAGCAGUGGAAAUGAAGUUCAUACUUACUGUGGUCAGAAGACUGGAACUACAGUUUUUGUGGCUGGAGAAUACGUUGAAAUAGUGUUCCACUCCGACCAGAGCAAAGAAAAGAGUGGAUUCCUUUUACAGUUUGCUGUCUUUUCAAAUGGAUGUGGUGUGGUCAAUAAUAAUACACUGACCAGUCCUGGAUAUCCUGACAACUACCCGAGCGAUACAGACUGUCUGUCAUUUAUUCCUAUUCCGCAAAACAUGCAGAUGAAAAUUUAUUUUGCUGACUUUGACCUUGAGGACAGCAAGCAUUGCGGCUGGGACUCUUUGAGGAUCCGUAACGAGAUGAACCACAACUUUGGUUUUUACUGUGGAGAGAAGACUGGAGAGGAGGUUCUUGUAACUGGACAAUACGCCUUCAUGGUUUUCCACUCCGACGCUUCACACGAAAAACGAGGAUUCAAAAUGCACUUUACACCUGUUCCAUUUGAUUGUGGGUCGGUGAUAAAUAAUACGCUGAGAAGUCCUGGAUAUCCAAUUGGCUACCCAAGCAAUCUAGACUGCAAUUACUCCUUUCCUAUUCCUCCAAACGCGCAAAUGCAAAUCUUGAUUAAGGAUUUACAUUUGGAAGAUCACGCAUCGUGCAGUCAUGACUUUUUGCAGAUAAAGAGGAAAGUCAAUCAAAAGUCGGUGUUGCUUACUACAAUCUGUGGCCAAAAGACCAAUUACCAGGUUCCGAUUUCUGGAGACUUUGUUCUGUUGAGGUUCCACACUGAUAACAAAAAUGAACAGAGAGGCUUUGAUAUAGAUUUUAUGUUUUUUUUUGCAGAAUGUGGUUCAGUAGUGAAAAAUAGACUGAAAAGCCCUGGAUAUCCCAAAUAUUACCCAAAUAAUACAGACUGUGAUUAUCUGGUUUAUAUUCCACAAGAGAUGACGAUGAACAUUACCUUCAUCGAUUUUAAAUUAGAGGAAAGUUCAGAAUGCAGCUUUGAUUACGUAAAGAUUAUUGAUGACGAAGGAACGGUUGUUGGAAAGUUCUGUGGCGGACAAACAGGCAAGAUAUUAUUGUUGACUGGAGAGUUCUUCUCGAUAACCUUCCACUCAGACUACAAUCGAGAAGAGAGAGGAUUCCAUAUAACAUUUACUGCUGUUUCAUUUGUUCAACCAAGGAUAACGUCAUUAGAUCUUAAAGUACCCAUAACUCCAAACAACCAGGUCUCGUGUUUAGCAAUUGGAACCCCGCCCAUUUACACAUCGAUAGUUCAUAAGCAGACUUCUGCAGUACUGAUAAACACCACAGACUCAGCCAUUAUCAGAUUAUAUGAGGAUGGCAACUACAGCUGCAUUGCAACAAGCAAAUAUGGCACUGACACAGCUGAGUUCUUAGUGAAAGGUUGUGGACCAGUUGUAAAUGAUACGCUGAAAAGUCCUGGUUAUCCUGAAAAUUACCCAGCCAACAUGGACUGUACGUCAGCAGUUCCAAUCCCACAGGGCCAGGAGAUGGAAAUUUAUCUUAGCCAGUUUGAGCUUGAGGAUAGUCAGUCGUGCGCCCGGGACUUCCUAACUAUUACCAAUGAAGCGAACCGGGUAUUCGGUGUGUACUGCGGGCAAAAAAGUGGAGAGAAAGUUAUUGUAAAUGGAAGCUAUGCUCUGAUGAUAUUCCACACAGACAGUGAUAUCCAAAGACGAGGAUUUUGGAUUCAUUUCUCAACUUUACCAAUUUUAAAGACCACGAUAGCCCCCAAGACAGAAUCGAUAGUUCAUAAGACAGAAUCAAUACAGACAACCAUAAGUGUUCAGUCCACAAAAAUGUCAGAAAUAAAAGCUGAUCCGUCUCAAGUGAAUGCAACCUCUUCAGGUUCCAUCAUGAUCAUAUACAUCGUUGCUGGUGUUGCCUCUAGUUUGUUUCUGUUGCUGUGUUUGGCUCUCAGCUGCUGGUAUUACAAAGUCAAACAGCGAAAGAUAAAUAGAAGGUCCGCUCUUUCUCUUCGCAAAAUCGUCAUCCUAGACAAGUGGGAGAUUCUUCCUGAACAGAUAGAAUACAAAGAAGAGUUAGGGCGAGGAGCUUUUGGUAUUGUUUACAAAGGAACUCUGAGAAAAAGAGCUGGGAUAGAUAUGUUUCUGACUGGUAAGAAAUCCACGCCAAAAGAGGCUUCACAGGAGGUCGCUGUAAAGGUUUUACCAGAUAAUCCUCGCGAAGAGCAGAAACAAGCUUUUUUGCAUGAGAUAUCGCAAAUGAAACUGUUGGGAUCACACCCCAGCAUCGUAUCCUUGGUUGGAUGCUGCACACUGCAAGACACCAAGUUUCUGGUGAUAGAGUAUGUUCCGUAUGGUGACCUUUUGCAAUGGUUACGCAGAAAUCGGCGAUUGGUCAGCCAAAAUCAAGUUACUGAUGGAAAAGAGAAAGAAUAUGAAGACAAAGAAAUUUGCAUUUCCCUAAAACAGACCAACGAGUCUGGACAGCAAGAUUUCCAGACUUCUCAGCACCAGGAGCAUAUAGAACUGCAAACGAUACCACCGAACCUCCAAAAAAACUGCAACGCUGCCGACAACUCGACUGAAAAUCUUGGUUAUGACGAUGAUGACGAGACAGACAGCAACAGCUUCACGGCUGACAAACUCUUUUCGUUUGCUUGGCAAAUAGCACAAGGAAUGAAUCACCUUGCAGAGAAAGACUUCGUUCAUCGUGACCUUGCAGCUCGUAAUAUCCUCGUUGGUCGAGACGGACGAGUGAAGGUUUCAGACUUUGGAUUAAUGCGCCAGAUGUACGAAGACGUGUACAGCCUGAAGAAAACAAAAAAACUACCAGUGAAGUGGAUGGCCCCCGAAUCUAUUUUUGACAGUAUUUUUUCAACCAAAAGCGACGUUUGGUCGUAUGGGAUUCUUCUUUGGGAAAUGGUCACCAUGGGUGGUGUUCCUUACCCAACGCUGACUAAUUCAGAAGUAUGCAGACUUUUGAAGACUGGCUAUAGGAUGGAGAGGCCAGACAUGUGCUCUGAUGAAGUAUAUGAACUGAUGACCGAAUGCUGGACGGAAGAACCAGCUACUCGGCCCAGUUUCUCCCAGCUAGUUGAAAAACUAGAACUGAUUAUCUCAAAAGACACCCCUUACAUCGACUUCAGCAAGCACGAUGAAUCCAAUUCAUACUACAACAUCCCCACCUUGACAAAUGACGAAGACGGCUCAUAAGCUGCAAGUGACAGAAACCUACCACUGAGAAGAGAAAAUCAUUUGAAGCGAAAACUAGCACCUUCGUUAAAACAUGAUCAGCACAUUGAUAAUGCACCAUUAUCCAUCCUGUCUUACUUUUUAGCUUCCACAAGUUUGUGAUGGACUCAGGUAUCCUAAAACAUACGUCAAACGCAUUCCCCGGAAAUAUGUAGUUUAUGGUAGACCAACUGAGAGACAUUGAUUCUCGGUAGAAAUUUUCCCGAACAUUUAUGUUUUUUUUCUUAUUCAACACUGGAUUAGAGAAACAAAGGAGCAAUUCAAAAUUCCGGAUCGUUUUCUGCAAUAACUCUCGUGUCACGGUAAAAGUGUUCUUUCGAUGGCUUGUGAAGCAUUAGUGAGUCAAACUGAGUUCUAGAAAAGCAAAUUCCUAAUUAUGAGAAGGGCCUUUUGAUAAAUGUGCUCGAGAGGCCUCUUAGGAGAAAUAGUAAGCAGUUUAUUAUUCAAUUAAAGGAUAUCCAAGCGUCUCUUCAUUGGUCGAAAUGAAAAGUACCAAUAGUUUAAACCAGUUUUGCAUGCGAUUCGGAAGUGAUUCCAAAGAGGAUAAGUGGAAACUAUUGAGAGACCAACGCAUAUGUAGACGUUGCAAUUUUGUUAGCUUCGCGUAUUUUUCAUUUUUUUCAUCUUAGUUAAAUAUGAAUUAAUAAUAAAACCAUAGAGGCCUUGAGUA